AUGGAACUUCCCGUAGAGAAUCGAUUUAAGCUUACUAACAGUCAAGUAAGUUUUGAAAUAACUCAGAAUGAUAGAAAACAAAGAAAUUCUCUAAUUUGGUGUAUCAGAAAUACGAAAAUAUUGUCAAAACAGAAACAAGUUGUGACUUUGGUGACUAAAUUACAUAAUUUAGCUUCGAAUCCGAGAAAGAUUUGCUUGACCAAGAAUUUUAAAUUCUUUCACUGUUUUAAUUCACCUUCAUUUGGAAACCUUCAAAACACCCAAAAUUCAAAUUUCCACUUAAGAAUUCCAUUUUUGUUUUUAAUUCAUCUGAAGGAUUUUAAGGCAACUUCUUCGGCUUUUGUUAGCACAAAAGUUGAUCACAUAUUAAGUCAGACACAAACGUUUCAAAGACAUUCACCAGCAUAA